GAGUUCCUGUUAUGUUAGUACGCCCCUCAUCCCAUAUUCAGAACACUAUUGGACCCAAGAGCCUUCAAUCUCAAGAUCUCAAGGUGAUUCCUGGUAGUGCAUUCAAAUCGUCACUCUUGGCCCCCUGUGUCCAAUCAGCAACGAGUUUUAUGAUGAAACCGUGGGAUUCCGCGAAAGAAGUUUCUUUCACAUAAGAACAGCAAACAGCGGUACAGAGAGGCACACGGAUGAGGGAAGAAGGGAAUGACAGAACGCAAAGUUCCACGCUUUCGGAUGUGGUUGAAAUUAUAUUGGGAAUAGGCACCUGCAUGCCUAUUCGAUAACUUGUGCGCAAGCGACACACGCUUUUAUUCUUCGCUUAGAACAUUAGUCAUCGCAGUCGCAUUGGGAAAAACACGUGUAGAGGUGAAGCCACGUUUUCCGGAGUCAUCUGUAUCCCGAUACGCAUAUGAUGAGAAUCCCGCGCACUAAGUUUUUCUGUUUGUAGCAGGAGACUUUUCUAUAUCCAGGACAUUUUUGGUUACUACAAUGACGGACGUAAAUACUGAAGCUAGGUCCUUGGGGCCGGUCUCAAACGGUGACCGCUCAGACAAACUAUCCGGCGACGAGGGAUCUGAAGAAAGUCAAGAGAGUCGGACUCUGUUAAUGGUCGCUAUGAUUCUACUGGACCUAAAUCAGUGUAUCCCGAGCGGCAUCAGCGGCAAAUGUAUAGUGGACAGUGAUGCGGAUAAUCAGCCCGAGGUGAAGGAAAACCGGGAGAAAUGCAGGCAGAACACGAGCAGGGUGAAAAGGACACGGAACCGUGACAGUCUACAUGUAUCCGCUGAGAAGAGACACUGCUGUCCAUAUGACGGCUGUGGGAAAAUAUACGGCAAAUCGUCCCAUCUUAAGGCGCACUUCAGAGUACACACCGGUGAGAGGCCUUUUCAGUGUACCUGGACAGGCUGCGCAAAGAAAUUCUCACGGUCGGAUGAACUGACGCGACAUUUUCGCACGCACACCGGGGAGAAGCGUUUCAUGUGCCCGCUCUGCGACAAAUGCUUUAUGCGAAGCGAUCACCUCACCAAACACGCCCGCAGACACGUCAACUUCCACCCCAGUAUGCUCCAGGGUCCCGCCGGGCGAAGAAGACACUCUUAAACGUCUACUUCCUCCUCUGGCUCCAGCGAUCACAUGUCUGCUGGUGUUUGAGCAACCAUGUGACCCCUCACUGCACUUUUUGGAUGUGUCUCUUUCUUAAGGCUCAGAUCUUGGAGCCUCUGAUUUUGAGCAGAUGAUAUGAGGUAUCCUAUGUGUUAUACUUAAUGGAGACAUACACAAUAGCCUUAAAUGGGACUGCUCAAUGGAAUGGACAGAAAUAAUCAGCUGUUGGCAGACACUAUGUAAUGCACAUUAAGUCCAAAGGUUAUUUCAAAUAUAUAUGGGGUAUUUAUAACUUAUCACAUAUCAUGAAUAUGAGAUUGAGUUCAAUACAGAGGCAGGGGAUUUAUUACACACCGACUGUGACAAAGGGAAGUAAAAAUAUAUAGUGUGUGGUGAAACCUAGACCCAUUUUAAUGAUCGCUUUAAAGUGUCCAUAUUUGCAGUGGUCCAGUUAGCAGAAGUGGAUAGGUUUUAAUAUAAUCUAUAUGAAUGUUUUCGGUUAUUGUGUGUUAUUUACAGGGAUAGCAGUUGACUAAAGUGUUGAAAAUGGUAUUUGUAUGAUAUUAAAACAGAUGAUUACUUAUGAGAAUAACUUUGCAUCCUGUGAGGUUUUUCGCACAUAAACAAGCUUUGGUGUUUUUUAAGCAACCAGUAAUUAUUUGCAUAUUCUAAUCAGUUAUGCAAAAGAAUGUAACUUAUUGAAUGAACAGCAUUGAAAAUGCUCUAUUUAGAAAACGUUUUUUUUUUUUUCAUUUAAUUUUGAAACUUUUUUUUUUUUUGAUCAGCCUUCAGCUAUUAAGUGAGUAGUUUACUGAUUAAUAAUGUAUCAUCGCCAUCUAUAGGUGCGUUAUGGGAAAACAAGGUAAGAACUGGGCCUUAAGUUUUUUUUUAUACACUGCACAACUGAAAAAGACAGAACAAAUAUUUUUUUUAUUUCUCUCACUCUCUAUGGUUUUAUUAGCAGCCUAUAUUAUUUACAAACAAUCAAUAAACAUGAAUAAUAUAUUUUAUUUGUUUUAUUUAUGGGUUUUGCAUUUUCAUCCAAGUUCCACUUGGCUUCAGAAGUCUUUGCACUGUUCAGAUGUUGACUUAUUUGAAUAUAGAUUUAGUUUAAUCUACCAUCAGCCAUUGUGCUUUAAAAGACAAACUGAAUUUUACAUGUGAAUGCAUCUGUUGGAUCUUUAUUCAAUAACAACAAUUGUAAACAUUUUUUUUUUAUUUUAUAUCAUGAUAACUGAUCAACAGAUCAAAUAUUUAGCUUUUAUUGUCACAUAGUAUCUGUGCUAAUUUUUGGUUCAUGUUCAGUAGGUUGUGAGCCUGGAUUCAAGCAGGUCAUUUGAAACAUGCUGUCACUGUACAAAUGCUCAUCCUGUGCCUUGUUUUGAGGUUAAGAACUCUUAUCUUAGACUGCAGAAUGUAAUUAGCAAGUUACUGAGAAGUACGUUGCUGUAAUUUACAAGUAUUCUCACUUGUGUGAAUGUUGUGUGAAUGCCAGUUUUGUGAUGUGUAUAUCUGUGUCUUACAGACUUUGAGCCACUACCAUUGUACAUUCUGUACUUUUACAUAAGUAUCAUUUGUGUAACAUUCAUAUUUUGGCUUUCCAGUACCUGUAAAUGAUGUAAAUAAAGGACAUGUAAUUC